AUGAGGCCGACACUCGUCCGGCUGGUAUCCGAAAUCGUGCCAACAGGCACUCGACCAGAUGCCACCGCUCUACUACCACCAAUACCUCUCUACCGGAGACUUUUCCGUGCACAUCGGAAGCAUCUACCUGCCGACAUGCGCGUUCUUGGAGACGAGUAUGUGAAGGCCGAGUUUAGGGCUGGUCGAAAGAUCAGCAACCCAGCACACUUGAUUGGCUUCCUCACCGAGUGGCAGCUGUAUGCCCAAAAGAUCGAAGGAGACUCGUGGGCCGGCGACAAGCUCGAAGAGGGAAAGCUCCAGAACAUGAGCGGUAGGCCUCACCCGCCUCAGGCAAGCAAAUCUCAAGACGACGUCGUUCUGACUCGACGCGGUGCGACAACAUCAACGGAGCGGCCAUUCUGA